AUGAAAAUUUUAAGUUGGAAUGUUCGUGGUUUGGGGAGUCCACGAGCUAGGCGGAGGCUGCGUUACUCUUUAAAGCAGCAUAAUCCCCAAAUGGUCUUCUUGAUGGAGACAAAAGUUGAUAAACAAAGGAUGGAGAGAGUGAGACGUAAUUGCGGUUUUUUAAAUAGAAUUGAUAUUGAAGCAGACGGUUCAAAAGGAGUCUUAUGCUUAGCAUGGAAAGGAGAAUUGUGUGUUGACUUGCGAAGUUUAUCGAGAAAUCAUAUUGAUGUUUUGAUUACAGAGGAGAAUGUUAAGGAACUGUGGAGAUUCACAGGGUUCUACGGAUAUCCUUAUGUCAAAAAUAAAAGUGAGCCGUGGAAUCUAUUGAAGAAAUUGGGGCAAGUCAAGGGUUUCCCAUGGCUGGUUGGGGGUGAUUUUAACGAGAUAAUGUAUUCCUUUGAGAAAGUUGGGGGUUUACAAAGAGAUGAGAGUAGAAUGCAAGCCUUUCGAGAAACACUUGAAGAAUGUCAACUAGAGGGCUUGGGAUACUCGGGAGUGUGGUUUACUUGGGAAAGGGGUAAUUUGCCGGAAACAAAUAUUAGAGAAAGACUUGACAGGGGAUUGAUUAAUGACAAAUUGAGGUCUCUUUUCUCGGCAGGAAGUGUUAAACAUUUAACUCAUACAAUAUCCGACCAUUGCCCAAUUCUUCUUAGCACAUGUGGAGAUAUACUCUUCAAGAGAACUACAAAAUUCAAAUUCGAGGCAUGGUGGCUGAUGGAGGAGACGUGCGAGAAAAUAAUUAGAGAAUCUUGGGGGUCAGGAACUGGUACAGUAGUGGAGAAACUUGAAAGAUUACGGUUAGAUUUAACAGCAUGGGCGAGGAUGAUUAAAAGUGGGCGAGAGGGGCUUAAGGCAAGACUCAUGAAGCAUCUUGAUACGUUAAUGGCAAAAGAGAGGACUGGCGACAUGUUGGGGGAAAUUAUUGAUACGAAGUUACAGUUAAAUAUGGAAAUUGAUAAAGAUGAAAGGUAUUGGGAACAAAGGGCAAGAGCAAACUGGCUUAAAGUAGGUGAUAAGAACCCAGCUUUCUUUCAUAGGUUUGCGACAUACAGAAAGCGUGUUAACCAUAUUGCCAAAUUAAAAAAAGUUGGAUGUGGUGAAGCUAAUGCAGCGAGUGAAAUUAGUGAGGUAGCUACAUCAUAUUUCCAGAAGUUGUUCACGACAAAUGGGAUUGGGGAUUCAUCUUAUCUCUUAAAAGGCAUCAGGAAUAAUAUUUCGACAGAGAUUAAUAGUGAAUUGAUGAAGCCUUUUUCAACAGAAGAAGUGGUUGCAGCUUUAAAAGGAAUGGGACCUACAAAAGUACCAGGAUAUGACCGAUUUCCAAUAGUUGCAAAAGCAAUUGUUAAUCGACUCCAAGGAGUAAUCGAAAAUUGUAUUGAUGCUGCUCAGAGUGCAUUUGUUCCGGGAAGGUUAAUAACCGACAAUGUAUUAGUUUCUUAUGAGAUCUUGCAUACUUUUAGACAGAAGCGUACCGAGAAAAAAGGAUAUAUGGUAGUUAAACUGGACAUAAGCAAAGCCUAUGAUAAAGUUGAAUGGGGCUAUUUGAAAGAAGUGAUGCUAUGUAUGGGUUUUGCGACUGAAUGGGUGGAGCUGGUUAUGAGAUGUGUUACCUCAACGUCUUUUGCAGUUAAUACUAAUGGUGAAAGGGGCAGAAUCUUUAGACCAUCUAGAGAUGAUUGCAUUCUAUUUGGGGAGGCAACAGAGAAGAGGGCGACUGCGAUGAAAGAAAUCUUAAAGGAAUAUGAGAAGUGCUCUGGGCAAUGCGUUAAUUUUAAUAAAUCUUCCAUAUUUUUUAGCACAAAUACCUCUGAGGAUAAGAAGAAAGAAGUUUCGGCAAUACUGGGGUUGGGGAAUAAUGUUUCGUAUACUUGGAAAAGUAUUUGGGCCACUAAGGGUGUGGUAUCGGAGGGAGUAGGCUGGAAGGUGGGCAGCAGCAUGAAUAUUUCUGUUACUGGUGAUUAUUGGAUUCUAGAUCUAUCGGAAGAUUUUAUCGAUCCUAGAAACAGAACAUGGAACAAGGAGUUAAUCGAGUCUACCUUUUCGGAGGACGUUGCUGAGAAGAUUCUGAGUAUCCCGCUGUCAGAGGUACCUUAUGAAGACUUACAAGUCUGGCGUGCUGAGGCGUCGGGCGAAUACACAGUGCGCAGUGCCUAUAAACUAUUACAGGGUAAUGAAGAUAAUCCUAACGCUUAUGCGUUACAGGAGGACUACAAGGACUUUUACAGAAAGCUUUGGUUACUGAAUAUACCCUCUAAGAUUAAAAUUACAGUGUGGAAAAUCUCGUGGAAUUUUCUAGCUACAUGA